UAAACUGGUUACAACUGGUUCUAUUUUUUCAAAAUGGCCGCUAAAGUUAUCGUUCUUUUUUGUGCUCAAGCUCUCCUUAUUCAGUUCGCAUUCAGCCAGUGUACAAACAGAGUACCAGUUGACGCGUCAGGCAUUCCAUACAACUCUGGAUUUGGAUGGAUUGGUUCUGGUUGUGAUGGAUUUUCUGGCUACAAUGGACUCGGAUACCCAGGAUGGACUGCUCCUGGAUUGAUUAACGAUGGAUUUUAUUCACCUGCAAUGGAAUUUACUGCUACCAGUGGUGGAGCGUUACCAGUUACCAGUUCUUCAUCAAUGGCUCCCGUUGGAAUCUCUAUAGUUUCUGACAAUAUGUUUGAAGGGGCUCUGUCUGUCGCUGGACAGUUGCCUUUUGUAGGAACAACUGCUAUGGAAGGUGUACUGCCGACCAGUGGAGCUGGAGCUAUCAACCAUGGUUGUGGUAACGGAGUUAAUGCUAUGGUGAGUUCAAUGACCUCUAUUUAA